AUGGUGGACGAACCAACCGCCAAGUGUCAUCAUGGUGAGACGUCUGACAAGAGCUACAACCUUGACGAUGUUCACGUCCCCGGUGAGAAGCGCGCGUACACCAAAACGCUCAAAGGGAUUGAGCUCCAUGGCAACGAGACGCUGGAGAUCGUCUGCACCAACGAACCACACAAGGCCGAUGAGAUGAUCACCAGGUUCUGGAGGAAAGCUGGCGGCUGUAUUCGUAAGAUCGUCGGUCUUGGUGUGCACUACACCAGGGAAGACGAACCUCCCCAGAUAGCAGCAGUCCUGCAGUUGUGCGUGGAUGAACUCUGCCUGGUGUACCACAUCGCAGCGGCCACGAAAUGGUGA